GUGAGAUUAGUAAAGCAUGAUUAUACAACCCAUGCUGGUGGCCGGCUGUCAGAGGGAAGAGGAACAGUAACGGCAAUUAGCAAGACUGAAAGCUCCAGAAGGCUUACAAUCAGUGAUCUGCAUAGUUCCCUCAGAAGAAUUUUCUUCCAGUGCAUGGUUUCAGAUGUCCACUGCUGCCUGAUCCAUAACUGGCUGACGCACCACUGUGGUAAGCACAUCCCAGCUCAGUGUGGUAAUCACUGACAUUUUUCACUGGUUUUUGACCUGUUUAACCAUAAAGCAAAACACUUCUGUCUUGUUUAAAGCUACCAGCUUCCCUUGAGCUGUCCGGUAUCCUCAGCAGAUUUGAACUAGCUUUGUGUGUCGUAGUCAAGGGAAAGUGAAGUCACUUCAGGACUCUGCACACCUUUCUGGAGUUACAUUAUCAACCAAUACUCAGAAAAGGACAUUCACAGAAACUAUUCUUACAUGACUAAUGAAAUAAAAAUAAAAGCAUCAAAGGGAUAUUUGAGGAGCACAGUAAUUCUGCAAAACGUGAAAGGAAGUAAAAGAAAUCCAACAUUGGAUAUGAUUUAUCACCUGAAACAUGGAUAUUGAUGAACUUCAUUCAAAGGAUAACAGAGGUCAAACAGAGAAGACCAGCAACAAACUCUCAACCUGCCGCAUAAGUGUCCUUGGUGUUCCAGUAUGUUUCUUUUUAUGAGACUUUUUCUAGUGCCAAGAGCUUCAGUACAAUGUGGAAAUGGAUACUGACAAAGGGUGCCUCAGCCUUUACACACCUGGCUUAUGUCUUUCUCCUCUUCCUGGUCUGUUCUUCGUCUGUUGCCUGCAAUGACAUCAGCAGAGAUAUGCUGUCUCCAAAUAUCACAAGCUCUUCGUACAGCCUGGGAAGGCAUGUGCGCAGCUACAAAUACCUGGAAGGAGAUGUGCGGUGGAGGAAGCUGUUCUCUUUCACCAAAUACUUUCUCAAGAUCGAUAGGAAUGGCAAAGUCGGUGGAACAAAGAAGGACAACUCUCCCUUCAGUAUACUGAAAAUCACAUCUGUGGAAGUUGGGGUUGUGGCUAUUAAAGCAAUUAACAGCAAUUAUUAUUUGGCCAUGAACAAGAAAGGAAAAAUCUAUGGCUCAAAAGAUUUUAACAUUGACUGCAAACUUAAAGAAAGGAUAGAAGAGAAUGGUUACAACACCUAUGCUUCCAUGAAGUGGAAACACAAUGAACGGCAAAUGUUUGUGGCCUUGAAUGGAAAAGGGGCUCCACGGAGAGGGCACAAAACAAGACGGAAACACCCGUCAGCCCAUUUUCUACCAAUAGUGGUGAGGCAGGACGUCUCUAUAAUAUCAGAAUAGAUUCAGCGAAGACACAGCACCACAUUAAUGAGUCCUGGUCUUAAUUCAACACUGCGUUUCUUUCCUGGCAUCACAUGACUCUAUUAAAGUGUGGAAGUCUUAAUGAAGAACAUUAUCAGAGCUCAGGCAGUAAACUCACAGACAUCUGCUUGUAAAACUUUGAACAAGCCUUUGAUAUUCAAAUGAUUGUUACUGGCACAAGGGGUUCUCAUGCCAGUAAAGAAUGAAGCAAAUUGAAGAGAACAUAUUUCAUUGGCAGCCAAUGUCAAAAUGUCUUGUGAUGCAACCUGAAGCACGAGAGACAAUGCAGUUGUACAAGGUUGUAUGAUCUUCGUGAGAAGAUGUUAUUUAUGGAGUCCUAACCCAUAUCAAAGACAUAUGCUCAUCCAAGCAUGAUUAUCCAUUGAGUGGUUAAACACGCAUUUAUCUGGAAGCACUUUGGAUCAGAUGUGAGAAGAACUGUUUUUGUAACUACACUUCAGUACAACAGACAGGACCCAACAAAUGCAGGAAGUAUUAAUCUGCUCUAACAAAAUGAAUCUUGAUUUGCUCUUCAGUCGAUCAAUUCUAAGCCCAAUGUUUAACCUGUGAUUUCUUUAUAAAGCCUGUAAAACUUCAGAAACUAUAUUAUUGUAAAAUUAAACUUGGUAUUGAUCCUUGAUUGAAAAUAAUCUCUAGAAAAUAAAUAUUUUAGUUUAUAAUUAGUAUUAAGAUCAUGGCACAAUAUAUUAAUCUUGAAAUGUUCCCAAAUGUUUUGUUCAAAGCUGGAUUCAUUUUGAUGGAGCAGAUUAAAGAAAAAUGCCAGUAUACAUCCAUUUCUCAUUGUAACACACUGUAUUGCAUUAAGCUCCUAUUGCAGUGUGAGUAGAAAAACACAAGUAGUAGUCAAAUUGUAUUUUGUUCUAAAUACUUUUAAAGAUAUUUCUAUUAAGAUUAAUAUUGAUGCUGCAUUCUCUUCAUACUUGGUUGUUGUAAAGUGGUUUGUUUAUUUUUGUUGUUUGGGAAUAGUAUUUUUGGUAUGAAGAAAAGUUUUUGGCAAGUUGGCUGUAGAUUUUUUCCCAAAUUUAACCCCUUUAAUGUUGGUAUCUCAUUAUUAUUUAACUUGUGCCAUUCCAGGCAUUUCUGUCCAACACAUCAGAUGUUUAAACCGUUAUGUGUUUUGAUCACUAGCUGUACAAAAGAUGUUUGCUAUGUUGCAUCGUGAAAAACCAUUUGAUCACUUUACUGGUUUCUUUAAUAAAGUUGAUUGUCUCCAA